CAAAAUUAUUCGUUUGAACAUAUUUCUCUUUAAUUUAAAUGAAAUGGAUUAAUUAUAAAGCUUAUAUCUUUUGUUAAUAAGUACCUUCUGCUGUAGAGUCGACAUGGUGAAAGAUUUUGAGUAGAAAUUGUUAUUUAAGUGUGAAAAAUUGGAAAAUCUAUUAGAAAAAAAAACUAAAAAGAUCGAAUCAAAAUAAAAUAUUUUCCAUGGAGUGUCGUAAGACAAUAUCAGUGGAUUUUCAAACUUUCAGUUUUAUUGCAGUUUUUGACGUUUACUGUUUACAUUUUUCGGGGCUUGUUCAGCUUGAAUUAUUAUUUUCCAAAACGUCCAAAACUGUUGAAAAAAAUCACUAAAAUGAGUAAAAAAUCACAAGAAAACACAAAGUAUGUUAAAGUUAAGGUACUCAAUUGGCAGCCUAACUCACUACAGCAGGCACAACCAGUACCGCCACUACAGCGGGCGGCACAGCCUAUACCGCCACUACAGCGGACAUCCCCCCAGCUUGUACCGCUCCUUCAGCGAGUACGGCCUAUACUGCCCAAACCGUCUCCACAGCCGGCACAGCCUGUGGAACCACAGAAAAAUGUGCAGCAGACUCCUGCUCAAAUAAGACAGAUGGAAAUUGUUGAUAGAACAAUAAAAGAAAUGAAGUUACAUGACAUCCUGUGGAACCGCGAUAAUCCCUCCUUCAACACCCUGAAGCGCACAAAUCAACUGGAAGAAUCUGCAAUUGAUGUUGGUAUUACAGUUGAAAAACUCACAACUUUGAUUGAGUACAUCAAACGACAGCAUCAGGCAACAUGGCAGCUGUUGCAGCAGAUGAAAUGUGAAAGUAGGAGUCUAACACCAAUUUGGAAGUGGUACAAUGCCUGUUCAUUCCUUCUUGAACCAAAAAAGUAUUCAAAAACUGCUGCAUCUGGGAAGAAAGUGCCGAAAGGAGCGAAAAUCUCAAAAUCCCCAAAACAAGGUUGUAGCAAGGAGAUUACUCUGAAUGUCAAACAGGACGAUUCUGAUGAGGGAAUGCAAUUGAGAUCGAGAUCAGGAUUAUCACAAAUGGAAUACUCAGAAUCUCUCCUAGAUCCUUUGGAAUCAAAAACUGAAAUCGUCAUUGUUGAUCCAACAAAUAUAAAAAUCGAAGAUCCAUUGGAUGUUGAUCUCGAGGAUCCAAUCAGUGUGAGAACACAUACAAAACCCACGAAAUCUUCUGAAGGCAUCAAGAAUCGAAUGACAUUCAAAGCAGAGAGUCGAAUCAAGAGGAAUGUCCUUAUUAAAGCAAUUUGUUCAUCAGUUGCAUUCUACUUGUCAAAUGCUGAUCUCACAGAGGAUCAUUUGGUGUCCUUUCACAGUGAACUCAUCAAGUACAUGCACACAUAUUUCGGUGCUAAAAGGCUUAAUAAAUAAAUACCUAGAAAUAAAAUCUGAUCAAAUAUCGGA